AUGGUCAGAGUUAUUAUUGAAUUUCUAGGUGGAUUGGAUGUUAUUGUCAAGAAACAGAGACAAUAUAAAGUGGAUGUUCAACUGGAUGGGAAGGAUGAGAUCAAUGUCGGAGAUUUAAUCCAAUGGAUCGUAGAUAACCUUAUUGAACAUGAAGGUGACGUGAAUGUUUUCUUAGAGAACGAUAGUAUCAGACCAGGAAUUUUGACUUUGAUCAACGAUACCGAUUGGGAACUUGAAGGUGAAAAAGAGUACGUAUUGGAAGACGGUGACGUUGUUUCGUUCACCUCAACGCUACACGGUGGAUGA